CUUGAAACAGAGGGUACGGACCGUGUUGUGAAAAUGAUGCGGUCGGUGGCGAUACCGGUUGUAGCCGUAGGAUGGAAGACUGGUGCUGGGGUGGUGAUUGAGAUGGAGGCGCUCGCCGAAAACGGAUUACUGGUUCAUUUGGGACCAGCUGAAGAUUGA